AUGCUGGACAUGGCAAUCUUUCGCACUUUCACCCGACAGCAAAUCCAUCUCCUGGCGAGUGGAUACGACCAUGGCGCUCUCUUCCAAUGGGACUGCCACGAUAUCAUUCGAGGUGUACUGGGACUGGCGCCCGGUCACGACCCCUUGAUCGUGGCGCUUGAGUGGCACUUGACGGAACUCAUGGGCCACCUCGUAUGUGUCAUCGAUCCGGACUCCCCGCAUGCAUGGAUCCUCCGCAUGAUUCUCGCGCCGGACUUUAUCUGGCUGGGUAUGCACUGGGCUGGAUCCGACUCCCACAUGACUCCGGCAAUGUAUCGCCAUUGCCUGCUCAAGUUGAUUCAGCACCAGCCGUUAGCUGCUGCUGCGAUGUAUCAGCACCCACUGCACUUCGAUCAACCGUGGAUGGAGCGGACGCGCGCCCUUGACAUACACCUCGAACAAUCGCAGGGUAAAGUGGCGGUUAUCGGAGGCGCGGGGAACCCCAGAAAGCGUGACAACUGCACGGCCCGAGGUCGAACGGCCAUGUAA